CGGGCGCCAGUUCGUUGGUCCGGUUCGAAGCGUCCUUCUUCACCGCUCUUCUACCUCGCGCAGCAUGUCGGGCCGCGGCAAGACCGGCGGCAAGGCCCGCGCCAAGGCCAAGUCGCGCUCGUCGCGCGCCGGCCUCCAGUUCCCAGUGGGCCGCGUGCACCGGCUGCUGCGGAAGGGCCACUACGCCGAGCGGGUCGGCGCCGGCGCGCCGGUGUACCUGGCGGCGGUGCUCGAGUACCUCACCGCGGAGAUCCUGGAGCUGGCGGGCAACGCGGCCCGCGACAACAAGAAGACGCGGAUCAUCCCCCGCCACCUGCAGCUGGCCAUCCGCAACGACGAGGAGCUCAACAAGCUGCUGGGCGGCGUGACGAUCGCCCAGGGAGGCGUCCUGCCCAACAUCCAGGCCGUGCUGCUGCCCAAGAAGACCAGCGCCACCGUGGGGCCGAAGGCGCCCGCGGGGGGCAAGAAGGCCACCCAGGCCUCUCAGGAGUACUGAGGGGCGCCCGAGCCGCAGCCGGCCCCCCUAUGCCACCACAAAGGCCCUUUUAAGGGCCACCACCGCCCUCACGGAAAGAGCUGAGCCACGUCGGGCUCGGGGCGGGCGGCCGCGGCGCUCGGCUCCCCCUCCCGCGUCGCCGCCGCCGCCCGGCCCGCCCCUCCCCCGCGCGGGCCC